AUGAUUGCUAAAUUACUGUCGGUGUUUCUGCUCCUGGCUGCGGCUUUCGCUGCUGAGGAAGAGCCAGCGGUCGCGAGAUUAUUAGUAUCUAAACAAGUGUUAAACAAAUAUUUAGUUGAAAACAUGGACAUUUUAAUCAAGUACACAUUAUUCAACGUUGGAACGGCGCCAGCUGUGGAUGUUAAGCUUGUAGAUAAUGGAUUCCACCCCGAAGUUUUCGCAGUCGUCGGAGGCCAGCUCUCAGCUCACAUAGACAGGAUACCACCCCAAACUAAUGUCUCCCACGUCGUUACUGUCCGAUCCAACAGAUACGGCUACUUCAACUUCACAGCGGCUGAAGUAACAUACAAACCCAGUGAAGAUUCUGCUGAGGUUCAAUACUCAAUCAGUAGUGCUCCCGGUGAAGGCACAAUUGUAGCUUUCAAGGACUACGACCGCAAGUUUUCAUCUCAUAUCCUAGAUUGGGCGGCUUUUGCUGUAAUGACUUUACCAUCACUCGCAAUCCCCUUCGGACUUUGGUAUUCGUCUAAGAGCAAAUAUGAGAAACUUGCGAAACCUAAAAAGACUCACUAG